CCCCCGGAAACAGGCACACACUUGGACUCAGCAGCCAUGCCCCGCCUCGGGGCAGAGGGCCCGAGUAUGUCGCGGGCCGUGGUCCGCAGCGCUGGGGGUUUUGCCCUGGGCCUGUCCCUGGCCACGGCCUACGGGCUCCUGGAGCUGCUGGUGGAAGAGCACAGCCCCUGGGGCUGCCUGGCGGGCGCCCUCACGCUGGCCUCCUUCCUCGGCCUGGGCUUGGCCUUCUCCCGCCAGGUCCGGGCCACCGUCCUCCUGCUGCUGCCCCAGGCCUUCUCCAAGCAGGGCCGGACCCUGCUGAUGGUGGCCGCCUUCGGGCUGGUGCUGCAAGGGCCCUGUGCCAACACCUUGCACAACUUCACCCAGGCCAGCAAGGCCGUGGCCUGCGGGGCGGAGCUGGCCUUGAACCAGACCGCCGAAGCGUUGGAGCGGGCCAGGCAGCCCCUCGUCAGUGCGCUGAACAAGAUUAAGGCCAUUGCCCAGAAGGCCAAAGAGGUGGCUGACCGGGUCCGCAAGUUCUUUCGGUCCAUCAUGGACGGCGUGAAGCACGUAGCCAGGGCGCUGCGGAACGUGUGGUACUGGCUGCUUCACAUCGGGGACGUGUGCAACGCCGAGCUGGGCAACCCUUAUGUGAAGUGCACGCGUGUCUUCGACAGCGCGGAGGAGAGCUGCGCCCGGAGCGUCCCGGGGGCCCGCCGCCUGUGCCGCGUGCUCACGCCCUUCAAGCUGGUGCUCUGCGGGCUGGCCAGCGUGGCCCAGGUGUUCUGCGUCAUCCCCAAGUACGUCCAGCCCUUCUUGCAAAAGACCAUUGGCCUCCCUGUGAGGAAGUUAAUUAACCGGGUGCGUCAGGAGUUUGAGUUCAACGUGACCGUCACCCACCAUUUCUCUGUGGACCUCAACGCCUCCCGGAGCCUGUCUCAGGUGGCCCUGGACCUGCAGGAGGCCGUGAGCGCGAAGCUGCAGCACGUGCGCGAGGCCCUGCUCCUGAUGGGCUACAGCACAGCCCUGCUGCUGGCACUGCUCUACCUCCAAGCCCUGUUUUACCGGUACUGUUACCUGAACUGGAUCAGUUUUGACAACGUCUACAUUACCAGCCAGUUUCUGCUCAUGGACGAGGUCCGGUCCAGGGCGGGGCUGCCCACGGUGCUGCCGCUCAGUGCCCGCGAGGCCGGACGCUACAUCCAGCCUGGCUCCAUCUUCCUGUCCCGGUGGGAGCAGAUUUUCUAUAUCCUGGCGAUCUUCAACCUUGUCCGGCACCUCCUCCUGGUGCUGCUCCUGGUCUUCCUGGACUAUUCCGUCUUCUGGGUGCUGGACCUGGCUCGGCACCAGUUGCAGGGGGAGAUUGUGGCCCGCAGCCCUGUGUCGGUGUCCAUAACCGUGGAGGGCACCGGCUACACCGGGAGGAUCUAUCGUGACCUGGUGUCGGCGUUCGAUGUCCUGCAGCAAAGCAACAUCAGCGUCUUGUCCCCACACUGCGUCCUGCGCCCCUCGGAGCCGGAUGCCACGGGUUAUGUCGUCAUCGGCAUCAUGUAUGGCCUGUGCUUCUUCGUCACACUGUGCGGCCACUACGUCAGCAGGCUGCGGCGGGUCAUCUGUGCCUCCUACUACCCGUCCCGGGAGCAGGAGAGGAUCUCCUUCCUGUACAACUCACUUCUGAGCCGCCGGAGCAGUCUGUCGGCCGCCCUGCACCGAACAGUGAGACGGCGGGCGGCUGACCAGGGCCACACGCGUCCCCUGCAGGUGCUGGCCAUGCGAUGCUCCUGUCUGGCUCCGGUGCUCGCCCGCUUCUGGCAGCAGCAGCCUCACUGCCUGGGCUGCAGGCGGGCCUCCGACCAGGAGGACGUGGAGAACCUGGUGUCCUGCGUGGCUCCCGGCUGCCCGGGCCUCUUCUGCUCCACCUGCUUCCGUCUCCUGGACAACACGUGCUCCGUGUGCGCAUCCCCCCUCUUCCUCCAGUGGGGCCUGGACCCCGAGCUGGACUCCAGUGAUGAGGAGGGCCCCCAGCAACGGCUGGCCGGGGCAGCUCGGAGCGGGGACCCUGAGCUGGAGUGGUUACUGCAGCAGCAGCCGCGGGGAGCCCAGGGCAGGGGUCUCCCCUCGGAGUCCAGCCCGGAGGUCAGUGAUCUGGACGAGGAGACGGGGGCUCCGCAGAGGACACGCAGCACAGAGGACACGCAGGACAGAGGACCCGGGGGUAGCGGCCCCACCUGAGGCUGGACCCCGCAGGCUUCCCACGCCCCCUCCGGCCCUAGAGCGGCCCUUCUCCUGCUUCAGCGCCCCAGCCCCUCAGUCUCCGGUACCUCCCUCUCCUCCUGACUCCCCCACCUGACCCCCAAAUAAAGGACCCAAAGGCAGA